AUGAAUAGAUACUUGAAGAUUUGUUCCUCUAUUAUUUCGUACAAUGGAAAAAGUUCAAUUCUUCUAUCCAGAUUUCAGCAUACAUCAACGGCUAAACCGGUUACUUUAGCCGAAGAUGUAUACAAUCCACCAAAUGGUAAAGCCGAUCCAGAGCGAUGCUUGAUUAUAGCACAUGGCUUGUUUGGUUUUCGCACGAAUUGGAGAUCAUUAGCGAAAGCCUUCAGUGAACGUGCAAAUAUUAAAGUAGUAUCCGUUGAUAUGCGCAAUCAUGGUGAUUCUCCGUACACGACAACGAUGACUUAUGAUGACAUGGCUGCAGAUUUGAUGCAAACAAUUCGAAAACAUAAUAUGCCGAAAACAAUCUUGAUGGGUCACAGUAUGGGUGGCAAAGCAGCCAUGCUCGUUGCUUUGCAAGAACCUGCACUAAUACGAAAAUUGAUCAUCGUUGAUAUUGCACCAACAAUCAGCGCAUCAGUAGGAGAAAUUCCGAAGUAUGCUCGCAUUCUAUUGAAUAAUAUACAAAAAAUUCAACAUGAAAAAGAUAUCGUAGCGGCACGACGUGCAAUGGAUAAAAUACUUCAAGAAUCAGCUGAAUCAUUACGACAGAACAAAAGCAUUCGUGAUUUUCUUCUCAUGCUUAUUGCUUCUGAUGAAUCAAGUGGGCAGUUUGUUUGGCGAGCGAAUUUAGAAGUUUUAGAAGAACACAUGGAGGAUAUCAUGCUUUUUCCAACUGAAUUCGAUAAUGCAAAGACUAAUGUGGACACGCUAUUUAUUGCUGGUGGCAAAUCAAAUUACAUAACUGAUCAAUCAAUUCCGAAAAUGAAACGUCUCUUCCCAUCACAUCGCUUGAUUCGUAUUCCAAAUGCUGGACAUUGGGUUCAUUCAGAACGACCACAUGAUUUUUUAAAAUGCGUGUUGCCCGAAUUAGAAAUCAAAUAA